UUGUGACGGCAGAUUUGCAGCUGGAUAUGACAUGUUUAAAAAUACAGCUUGCAGCUAACUGCAAGGGUGUGUGGAUAUCAGUGAGCUGUAAAGUUUGGUUUCGAAAUCAGCCGGACAGCGGAGCACCUGCUCGUGCGUCCUCAGUCGCUGUACCCACUUCCUCCUUACCCACAUCCUCUCGACAGAGAAUAUCAGAGGGUGUCGGGGGCAGUGCGACGGCCUGCUCUCAUUAGAAUACCAACAUAAAGACAAAAGCAGUUUUAAAUGAAAAUUAAGAAAACGAGAAAAAAAGUCGCAUGCACAUAAUUGUGGAUACGAGCGUAACCAUAGUUGCAAGUGAGCUACAUUAUUUACCUUCACGCGCAGAAGGCAGGGUCAGUGAAGUAGAAAGGGCUCAGAGGCGGGGUCAUGGUCGGUGGAGCGGCGACGGGCGGCGCUUACUGCAUGUUUCCCCAACCCUCCUUCCAAACGCUGCAGGGCCAGUGGUCGAACUUGAUCGCAGGCUGAGACCCGGAGAGGUUUACGCGACGGCGAACGCGUAACCGGCCAGAGGAGUAAUCCCAGUAGCCUACUGACCGCUCACACGAAAUAAUUCUGUCAAUUUGUUCCGAAGCCGCAGGUUACUUGAAGCUUUUUUUUUUUUUUGGCAAAAAGAGUUAUGUCCCGACGUAAACUCGGUAGCCGACCGCAACACCUGAGCGCUAUUCAAGAUGAUCCGGAGCCCAGUGACAUCACCAGCUCACCGGCACGGGAGAGGACGGCGGCGGCGGCGGCGCCGGAGGUCAGGGGUCGCGACCUCCUCACCUGCGGGCCGUGCGGACAGGCCUUCCCGCUGGCCCACAUCCUGGCCUUCAUCCAGCACAAGCAGGGCGGCUGCGGCGUGGGGCGGUCCGCGCCCCGGGGCCACACCCCUCCCUCCCCGGCCAAUCGCGCGCUGAGACGCAGCCCGUGCGCUACCCUUCGCGCGACGCCGGAAGCGGGAUUCGUGGAGCUGAGGCGGGCGACGGACAGGGGCUGGGGGGAGGAGGCCCGCUCCAAGCCGGAGCCCCGUCGAGCAGUGGUGGAGGAGCCCGCCUGUUUCACCUGCCAGGUGUGUGAGGAUGUGUUCCCCAGCGCCUGGUCCCUCCUGCAGCACGCCCAGCACAGCCACGACCUCAGCCUGUACCAGGAGGAGGGGCCGGACGAGCCGCCUCCGGGCCCCGCCGCCACCCUGCACCCCAGCCGCUUGAGCCGCACGCUGGCCUCCGCGUUCGGGCCCUCCGCCUUCCGCCCGUCCCGGCCCCGGGGCCCCGGCCCCGGCCCCGGCCCCGCCCCGUCGUCCGGCAGCCCCGGCCCCUGCCCGGACGCGGAGGCCUUCAACUUCUCCGUGCGCCUGCGGGAGCUGGCGGGCCCCGGGGCCACGCCCGCGGGGCCCCCGCCCGCGCUGUUCGGCUGCGAGCUGUGCGGCCAGGGCUUCCGCUCGCUGCGCAGCCUGUCCGCGCACCGCCGCACGCACGCCAGCGAGCGGCCGUACCGCUGCGGCCUGUGCGACCGCGCCUUCGCCCAGAGCGGCGAGCUGGCGCGCCACAUGAGGACGCACCGCCGCGGGCCCGCCUGGGCCCCGCAGCCCGACGAGGGCCCCGAGGAGCUGGUCCUGAAGGCGCGGCUGUCCCAGGAGACGGCGGCCCAGGCGCCGCUGGGCGAGCGGGUGGAGGCGGGCGCCGGUAAGCUGGACCUCUCCAAGCGCGCGCCGGGCCCCGGGCUCAUCCUGCUGUCCGGCGGAGAGGCCCUGGGGGGCCGGGGGCUGCUGCGCCUCUUCCACCCGCCGGGGGAGGGCCCCGCGGAGCCCCAACAGCCCUCCCCCUGCGGCAGCCCCUCAGACGGCUCGCUGGACAGCGGCGAGACCGGCGCCAGCGGGGAGAGCGGCAUUGCCAGCGGAGACUGCACCCCCAAACGCCUGGAGCGGGAGGGCGAGCGGGAGGGCGAGCCGGAGGGGGAGCCGGAGGGGGAGCGGGAGGGAGAGCGGGAGUGGGAGCCCGGGCCCGGAGAGCCCCUGCCGGAGUGGCAGCGGGACGGCGAACAGAAGCGAGGAGGAGGAGGAGGAGGAGGAGGAGGAGGAGGGAUAGCCGGGCGGAAGAAGAGGGAGGAGGCCUGCGAGUUCUGCGGCAAGCGCUUCCGCAACAGCAGCAACCUGACGGUGCACCGGCGCAGUCACACGGGCGAGCGGCCGUACCGCUGCGGGCUCUGCAGCUACGCCUGCGCCCAGAGCAGCAAGCUCACGCGCCACAUGAAGACGCACGGGGCGCGCGGCUCCCGGCCCGCCUACCUCUGCCAGCUGUGCCACGUGCCCUUCACCGUGUACGCCACGCUGGAGAAGCACCUGAAGAAGGCCCACGGCCUCAGCCACGCCGACGCCGGGGCCUUCGGCCGCCCGGACGCCCCGGAGGACCGCCUCGCCCCGGACGACCGCCUCGCCCCGGACGACCGCCUCGCCCCGGACGACCGCCUCGCCACGGACGACCGCCUCGCCCCGGACGACCGCCUCGCCCCGGAGACGGAGGCCGAACGGGACCCCGAGGCCGAGCGGGACCCCCAGGCCGACGCCGACCCUGAGACCACGGCCGACCCGGACGGGGGCCAGGACAGCGCUCCUCCUGCCCCCGCCGAGGCUGCCACUGAGGUCAGCCUGGCCUCGGCCUAAACCGCGGCGCGCCCCGCUCGAAACACGGCAGCCCCGCGUGACACCGCGUGUAGAGCGCCCCCGCUGGGUACGCAGGGGGUGCAGCUUAACCGGCACAGAAAGUUAAAGCAAUAUGUUUAUCAGCCCCAGUGCACAGUGUCCCCGCCUCUGAUGGUAGACUCUCUCUCUCUCUCUCUCUCUCUCUCUCUCUCUGAAAAAGAAAAGCACUUCACUUUGGAGCAAGGCAAGGUGGCUGCCGGCGACUACAUUACCCACCCAUAGCAAUACCGCCAACGGCUCCACUGCCCCUGCACUGAUCAGGACAUAGUCGUGCUCACUGGUAGACACCGGCCUUCACCAAAAGAGCCACGCCGGGGUGUCCCCUGACUCGGGGCACUUAUCGGAGUGGGUGGAGGAUGAGUCAUUGUCACGCUUAUUUUGGUCCGGAAAUGCGACCCCUGGUUUCCCCAUCAUCAGCCAACAUGAGAUUAUUACAUUGCUGGAGAUUAGGCAUGAUGUGCCAUUUUGUGGGGGAGGGUGGGUUCUUGAACUGAGGGGAGGUCACUGACCCAGGUUGCUUCAAGAUGGCAAACCACCCCCCCCCCCCAGCCCCCACCCAGCCCCCCCAGCCCCCAACUUGUAUGUGGUUCUUAAAUAAAUGAAAGGACUCGAAUGUGACCGAUAAAGACUGAACUGUUGUGUUGGAAUCUGAAAGGUUUGUUUGGAUGUCCCGUGGCCCAGGGGAAAGGCUCUGUACAAUCACACCCCUUGUCCUUUAAGUAGGAGGUUUACAAGUACCACUGCUCCCUCUGGGUACCGGAAAGGCACAUUCCUAAUAUUAAUGUUGUGUUUGUGUUGCAUUUAGAUUUCUUACCCCUCGCGACUUCUGAAGUCGGGCCUAUUUCAUUGCCUUCUAUGCAUUUGGGAAGAAGAAUACUGUGUGUACUAUCUGCUAAAACAAACAAAAAACGGGUGUUUUUUUAGUUUUUUUUUUACAUCAUUUAUAGAGUUUUAUAAAUAGAUAUAUGUGCUUAACUGCUUGAACUCUUAUGCAUGAUUUGCCAACAGGAAUAUUAUGUUAGAAUUAUUAGUACUUAUUUAUGGACGCUGCAUGGGAGUACUUAAUACUGAACCUGGCUAUGAUGGCGU